GAAGAUAUUAAUGUGGAUAAUGUUCAUAAAGUCUUAUUGACAACUUCAAAGCUUACUCUCAGUGUUUUCUUUCUCUGUCAAACUUCAAAGAUCAAAUUUUUCUUGCAUUUCUUCGAAGUGGCAAUGGAGGUAAUUUCUCACACAUCAACACUGAAUCCCAACGCUCCAUUGUUCGUCCCAAUGGCUUAUCGUUCGGUGGAGGAUUUCUCCGAUCAAUGGUGGUCCCUCGUCCACUCUUCUCCUUCCUUCCGCGAUUACUGGCUUGAAGAAUGCUUCACUGAUCCUCAAAUUGAUCCUCUCCAUUUCAAUUUUUUCGACGAAGUCGAUGUCGAUUCCCUCUUUUGCGACUGCGUUGAUACCAAACAGGCGGUGGAGAUGGAAGAGAAGGAGCAUAGCAAGGAUUUGGUUUCAAUAGGAGUAAUGAAGUGGCAAAAGGGUCGAGCUCAGGUGGCGCAGGUACCCAAGUAUGUAGAAAAAGCACCAAGGAUUGUUAGUGUGAGAGUGAGUCCACGAACGAUUCAGCAGCCGAGGUAGAGUAUGUGAGUCAGUGAGUUUGAGAAUAACUCAGAUUAUUUACUUAAUUUGUAGUUGUUGACUGUUGUACAUAAGACCCAAACUUUCAUUUGCUAGUUUGUUUUUCUGGGUUUCAUUUCAUCUUAUGUGUAGCAUCUUGUAAUCUUGCAACUUUUUGUUUCUUAAAUAAUAAAGGAAAAAUUAACCCAAAAAAAAAAAA